UCCUAAUUAUGUCUACGUCCACAAGUGAACAUGAUUUUGUCAACUGGCAAAAUUUGCCGAAUGAAGCUUUAAUCAAAAUAUAUAGCUAUUUGGAUGAUUCUAUGCGAUGUCAAAUGUCACUUACGUGCAAGCAAUGGAACCAAGCAUUCAAUACUCCUGUAUUAUGGAGGAGGCGAUAUUUUUUAUUCACUGGUUUUCGGGCAAUGGAAAGCUCUGUAACAGCGUGCAAAUACCUCAGAUCACUGGGCAAACACCUAAGGCAUGUUGAAAUUGAGUGUGGACAUCCUGUUUUACACACGGCUCGUCCAAUUGCACAGGCAUUGGACCGAUUCGUCACUCAGAUCAACAGGUUAAGGUGUAUUCGUAUCCUGUCUUUUAAAAUGGAACAUUUGGGCAUCAGCCGUGCUUGGCAGUUCUUUCAGUCAUCAAAAUCACGGCUCGUGUCGGCGCUCUGCAAGUUCCUCAAGUCCCAGAGGCAUUUACGAAGACUGGAACUGUCAGGGGCGCAUAUGAUUUCAGAAGACGGAUCUGCUCUCAUUAACGCUUUGGGCAUAUCACAAGCACGGAAGACUUUAGAAGUUCUUCACAUCGAAAACUUCUAUGAGCAGAGGCAUACCGCUUUCUCAGAUGAAGCAUAUCUUAACACCAUGAGGAAACUAACAGCAUUAAGAAUUGUAUUCUUGAACUAUAUUUAUAUCAAUGACACGGUCUUGAAUAUUUUAGCAAAGAGAGCAGGAAGCUCUUUGGAGUUUCUUAGAAUUGUCGCGGAUUCCAGAGAACCGUACGAACAUAAUAUUUCCGCUAAUGCUUGGUUGGACUUUAAAAAACAAUGUCCGAAAGUGAAGCUUGUUUUUCAUUUCUUGGGGAAACUGAAGUACUCUGAUUAUACAAGGACUUUACUCAAAGGAAUGCCUUUGGUCGACUUGAAUAUUAUCAGCUGGGAAUCACUACCAAACAACAGAGACCCCGAUAGAGAAAGAAUGCCAGAUGUCCUCAAAUACAUUGGCGAUCACUUCCCAAAUUCUUUAGCUCAUUUUCGACUGUCGGUUGACCACGCCGUUCAACCUGCCCUGGACACGUCUUUGAUCCACCUUAUUGGAAGAUGCUGUAACCUCACUGAGGUGUCCAUUAACUGCAAAUUGGAAUUGUCCACCGUGGAAUCUAUAUGCAAAAUGGCAGGAGACCAGUCGCGGAGAGGUUUAGCUUGUCUGGAGUUACGGGUUCGAGGCUUGACGGGCGACGACAUGGCGCGACUAGCACUAGUGACUCAAGACACGCUGUGCAGUCUGGGAUUCCGACGAGUGGAGCUUCUGUCCGAGGAUGACGCUUUGGACGACUGAGCAGGGAACGCCAGACGAACGCGACACCCCGAGCUGACUGUUUUAAAAACAAUUCGUCCUUUCAAAUGUUUUCUUUUAAGGUAUUGGAAUCGUAAUCACAAAUUACUACGCAAUACACUAGCAAUGAAACGAAAAAUAUAAAUUUAAACUCUUAGGACUGGACUAUCGAAAUGGACUAUUUGUAAACCUUCGUCAUGCCUCCGAAAUGGGACUAUUUGUGAAAAAACAAACAAAAACCCAACCCUUUGUAUUCUUACAAUAAGUUCAAACACAUACUUCUCAUUACUUAUUAUUCUUUUUAAUGUCUUAUAGAACUAGGGAAAUCUUUAUAUUUUAAUGUUUCGAAUAUUUAGCACUUAGCAACACAUGUACUUUCAGUGUAGAAUCCUUGAACUGAAUACUCUCCAACACUUGGGCCAAAUCACGAUGAACAGCCAAUAUACCGGUAUGGUUGCUUCAAUACUACCUUUAUGAACACUUCGUAUGUCUUAAUAUACAUAUUUUUAUUUCGCAUGAUUUAUACUAUGCGGACUUUUAUUUUGAAAGUACACAUGUAUUUCUGUAUUUUAAAAAUGUAUUAAAAGUGAUAUAUGUA